GAUUUGUUGAUAUUCAUUUUUGUUUACAUCUCAUCGAAUCAACAUUGAAAUUAUAACACAGAGAAACAGCGAAGUAAACAGAGAAAAUGGCAACGAAAUAUGAAAGUCCAGUUAACCAUGAAGGCAACGUUAUUGGAGAAAUUAACCCAAUAAUACGACCACCACCCCCACAACCGAGUGACGUGUUCAUCCCCUCUCCUGCGGUAGAGUCGUCAGAAGCUUGCCUCAGACACUGUUUGACAACUAUAGAUAACGAUCUAAGAGUGUUGAUGGAAGAAAGAAAUAGGAUCGUUAUGGAGUUUGAAGCCCGUGGGCUGAACAAACCAGAAUGUCCGAUCAUUAUAAAGUACGUCGUGCAAGAAGUAAAUCUAGAGAACUCUGUAUCAAAGAAGAUACCGCUAAGACAAAGAGCGAACGAUUUUUUCAAGGAAGUUCUCAAGAAGCUUGGCCUAAAAAAUAAACAAUUAAAACACAUGCACACUGUAAACAAUGCCAUUUCCACUGUUUAGUUCAAGAUUGGAAACAAUGUGCGUACUCAAAUGAAUCGAUCUCAUCGCCUUAAACCUGAUGAAAAUAAUUGUGUAAUUUCAAAUAUUCAAAUAAAAUAUAAAAUACAAGUCUUUGGAAAC